AUGAAUGUGGGCAUUCCCAGCAAUCGGCGGUCAGGGCAGCCCGGGCAAAAUGCUGGCCUUGCACGCCCGAGAUCACCUGAGACAAAGACUGGCGCCAACAGAGCUCGGUCCCCAGCAUUGGGCAAGUCUUCUGCCCCAAAUCCUAGUGGUCCGGGAGCGAGGACAUCCAUAGCCUCGGGUGGACCUGUCGGGUCAGGGUCCUUGGGCAAGAGCGCGCAGCCUACUGUUCGCCGAGUGACAUCCUCCACUGUCGAAGAGAUUCGUCGCAUUGAUGCCAACAGGGAACAGAGGCGACGACAGGCAGAAGAGGUGCGACGCAGUCGACAGGAGGAGGCAGCACUUCUGGGCGCCCAGUGUGGAGGACAUGUGCCGGACAUCGAUUUUCAUCGAAUGAUCCAGAACUACCGCCAGCAGUGCCCUCAACCAGUACAUUUUGAGCCACUAGAUCCAGCUGCCCCUGAUGGUGUCCUUGUGUGUGUGCGGAAGCGGCCCAUCAUGCAGCAUGAAGUGACAAAUUCGGAAUUGGAUUGUGUCACAGCCUGCAAUCCUUGUGCUGUGGUCCACGAGACAAAACUGAAAGUGGAUGGUAUUACGAAGUGCCUCGAGUCCCAUCAGUUCGAAUUUGACAGAGUCUUCGACGAAGAAUGUACGACUGAGGAUGUGUACACAACAGUGGCAUCGCCCGUCGUACCAUGGGUUCUGGCAAAGGGUGGUCGUGCCACACUGUUUGCUUAUGGACAAACGGGGUCAGGCAAGACUUUCACAAUGACUGGCAUUCAACGUUUGCUCACUGAGCAGCUCUUUGAGCAUGUCCGGCGCAGUUCCGCUUUGGAUUUGACGGUGUCGAUUUCAUUCUUCGAAAUCUAUGGUGGGAGGCCAUAUGACCUAUUGAACAACAGACAGCGCUUGGAGACUUUAGAGGAUGCGAAUAAUGAGGUCCAGAUUGCAGGUCUCGUCGAGCGGGGCACCGCAAACCCACAAGAGAUGCAGCAGUGCAUCGACUUGGGAAACUCCCUCCGAACCACUCAGGGCACUGCAAUCAAUCGAGACUCAUCACGCUCCCAUGCUAUUUGUGUUGUUUUUCUCCGGAAGACGGGUGGAGGAAGCAUUCACGGCAAAGUCACUUUGGUUGACCUGGCCGGGUCUGAGCGAGCAGCAGACUCCAAGUCUAGCAUCCGUCAGAGACGAGUUGAGGGCGCCCAAAUCAACAAGUCAUUGCUAGCACUCAAGGAGUGCAUCCGUGCCAUGGGUGAUCGGCGGGAGGCACAUGUACCCUUCAGAGCUUCCAAGCUGACGUUGGUGCUGCGUGAUGCUUUUAUAUCACGUGGCCCGGCCAAGACCAUUAUGAUCGCCUGCAUUUCGCCAGGCAUGGCUUCGGCUGACCAUAGUGUGAAUACCCUCCGCUACAGUGAUCGGUUGAAAGAGCACCCACGCAGCGGUAAAACAGUUGAGGACGGCGACUCUGCAGCAGGACGCCGCUUGUCCACAGGAAUUCGCACCCAAAGUCCAGACCGCAAGCUUCAGUCGCAGCGGCGAAGUCCAUCGCCGACGAAGCUCGAGCGUGGAGCUAUUGCCGGCGCUCGGCAAAGACCGAACAGCGGAACAGUUCCCGAUUUGUCCAAGGACGAAGUAUUUGAUUUGCAUUCUGAAGAGGAGCUCUUAGACGAAGACGAAGAGUACGAGGACAAGCCUCCAGCUCCAAGCCAAGGAGGUCCUGCAGUCCCCGGCGGCCCCUCGGCACUUGCACCUGCAUCGCAGGUUUUCCCAUCGCAGGCUUGGGCAGAGUCCCGGCAUUGGGAAGAUCGCAUUGUGACACAGCACAUGCAUGCAUUGCAAGAGGAUGCUCGACUUCUAACAAAGGAGAGCGAGCUGUUAUCACAAGUUCAACAAGGCGCUGCUUAUGACCUCGAAUGGUAUGCCCUUGAGGUAGACAAAAUUGUCAGAAGAAAGGUUGAGGUUUAUAUGAAUCUGAUGGAAGACCUGGCAGUUUUCAAGGCGCAGCUAAAGCGCGACGAGACGCACCAGGCAGCACCCAGACGGCUUAGCAGAGCUGAUGCCCGGGCAGAAGGUCCACAGCCAGCGCCAUCUACUCUGAACGUUCCCCAGACAUCACCACGCUUGCAAGCCGCCAUGGAUGGCAACCCAUGUCCACAGCGCACGCCACGAACACCUCGGCUUCAUGCAGGUGAGCUACCUACUGAUGUACGGUGA